AUGGCUACCUCAUCCGAGACAAGCAGCGGCUUGGAUGCCAAGAAAGGUGCCAGUCAAGAGAACAGCAGCAGCUCACGUCUUUUCCGGCGCAAAAGCCCUCAAAAGCGUACACCAUCGUCGGCGUCGCUGGAUAGACUAUUCGAGACUGGCCAUGAGAGCAAUGCCUCGAAUCCGCGGAUAAAUUCCAACUGGGAUGAUGCAGAAACCCUCGACACGUAUGGAGUGUUUGAACUGCGCGAUGGCUUCUUUGAUGCUGUGUUCUACCCGCCCGAGCAAGUUGACUUGGACGACCUCAUGUGGCAUGCGAAACUCACGCUACCAUAUGCAUUCCGCAAGCAGGACCCCUUGUCUAUUACAAACUUCUUGCCAAGGCAAUGCCAUGAAGUCAAGAGUGUAUUGCGCAAGGUCACGCAGACCCGGGCUGGUAUCAAGUUGCUCAAGUCGUUUCUCGGGUUCUUCAUUGCAUAUAUACUCUGUCUCGUGCCGUCCAUUAGGUCCUGGCUGGGCCAGCAUAGUUAUAUCAUGCCUAUUUCUGCCAUCCUCAACCAUCCGGGAAGAGCACUCGGCGCGCAGGUUGAGGGCACCAUUCUCACCAUCAUAGGAACCGCUGCUGGGCUAGGCUGGGGAGCAUUCGGUCUUUGGCUCUCUUCCGUUACUUCCAGUGCUCGCGUGGGAUUUGGUGGAAUCCUUGCUACAUUUUUGUGUAUCUUCAUUUUCGUCAUUGCCUGUCUCCGUUCCUAUUACAUUCGGACGUACCAAAUGAUUAUAUGCGCAGGCAUCGCGGUCUGCUAUACUUGCCUGGCUGACGUGUCGGGAGACGGGGUGACGUGGUCCAAAUUGCUUCAUUAUGGGGUGCCGUGGGCACUAGGACAAGCGAUUGCUUUGUUGCCUUGUGUUCUCGUGGCUCCGGAUGCUGGCGCCCGCCCCUUGGCCGUCGCGCUACACAAUGCCUUCUCUGUAAUGGUGGAUGGGUCCUCCAAGUCUCGGGCAGAUCAACUUACACGCCGUAGACUUGCUCAACAAUUUGUCAACUUGUCACAAGCUUAUCGAGAUCUCGUCCUGGACUUUUCUAUUACCCUGUUCGACCCAAAGGAUGUUUUGCAGCUACGAAAUCUCAUGCAGGGAGUCAUUCGCGCCCUGCUAAGCCUUAGGUCUAAUAUUCGAGUAUUCGAUGCAUGGAAUGAGGCGACAAAGAAACAAGGCCCUGAUCAGACACGGGCUGAGGCUGACGAAUUCAUUGUCAAAAUGGAGCAGGAAACAUCGCGAGAAACCUCGGCUCACGAGGAAGAGAUUUUGAAGUUUGUAGCAGAGAAUCUGGUCGAGCCAACGGAGCACCUCUUCGCUGGUAUGAGGGCCACACUGAAAAGCUGCGAUGCAGUCCUGAUGGAUAUGUGUGGACAUCGACAGUAUCUUGGGCCACCAUCAGAUGUAUCGGAUGACGUUGCCGGCGCCCUUGUGAAGUUACGACGGAGACUCAUCACAUUUGUCACGAUACAAGACAGCGUCCUGGCAAGCGAAAAGUUCCCGCAAACAUACGCCGAUUAUCCCGAAGUUAUCAAGUUCUUCGCCUUCUGCCGACCAGUGCACCAAGCCGCAACAGCUGUCGAAGCCUUGGCUGUCAAGGUCAACCAAAUGCAGCAGCAAAAGCCUGAGCGAGCCAAAUUUUAUCCAUCUGAUUAUCCGUUCUGGAAAUCGCUUCAUCGCACGAAUGCACAGGUUCGUCAUGAUAGAGGCGGUUUGACAGCAGGUUCCUAUUUUAGGAGUUUCAAUGAAAUCGAAGAGCUCAUUGGCCUCAUCGCAUCAAAGGAAUAUGAGCCAUUGUCAAGAAGGGAGGAUAUCGGCGCCAACAAGCUCGAGAAAAUGCGUUCAACCAUGACGGCCACAGACAUUGAGGAUGAGUCGCCGUCGAAGCCUGCGCGUGUGGGCAAGUCAAUAUGGAAAGUAAUGCAUCGAGCCCAAGGAUUCGAAACGCGCUUUGGAUUGAAGACAACGGCAGUGACUUCGCUUCUCGCAGUCCCGGCAUGGCUUUCGCAAAGCAACGGCUGGUGGGAUUACUACGAAGCAUGGUGGGCAGUGAUUAUGGCGUGGCUCAUCAUGGCACCACGUGUUGGUGGUAAUGUCCAAGAUCUCUUCACAAGAGCCCUUUGCGCAGUGCUCGGAUCAGUCUGGGGCGGCCUGGCAUACUUUGCUGGAAACGGAAAUCCUUAUGUUGCUGCUGUUUUUGCCGCAAUCUUUAUGCUUCCCAUGAUGUAUCGUUUCACUCAAAGUACACACCCUCGAUCCGGCUUGGUGGGGUGUAUUGCAUUCACAGUGGUGUCUCUCACCGAGUAUCACCAUCAUGGUGAUCAAUCCACUGCUGUUAUUGCGGCCUCUCGUGGCGGUGCGAUAGCUGUUGGCGUGAUUGCUUCCAUUGUAGUCAAUUGGGUCAUCUGGCCGUUCGUCGCCCGACACGAUCUCCGCAAAGCUGUUUCCAUGAUGAUAUUCUACUGUAGUAUCAUGUACCGAAAUAUCGUAUCAAAAUAUGUUUAUUACGAAGAAGGCCAUGAACCAACAAAGGCAGACAUUGAAGCGUCAGAGAUCUUGGAAGGUCGAUUGCGAGAAGGCUUCAUCAGAAUGAGGCAGCUUCUGGGUCUGACGAGACAUGAGAUCCGCCUGAGAUCGCCGUAUAAUCCUCUGCCAUACUCUGCGCUUAUUGAUGCAUGCGAACAAUUCUUUGAAUACGUUGUUGCUUUGCGUCAAUCAUCGCUAUUCUAUAAACCUCAGUUCGUCCGCGAUGACGCCGAGGCCGCAGCUCGACUCCUGAGUUAUCGUCGAGAUGCUAUUGCAUCUAUCCUGACAAAUCUCUACGUCCUUUCAGGGGCCUUGAGAGCUGAUCGCAAAGUUCCAAAGUAUCUUCCCAAUGCGGCGGCGGCUCGCAAAGAGCUUUUGGAACAGAGCAAAGAACUAGAAGCGGAACUUGCUUUCAAUAAAAGGAAUUCAAAGACUGAGAAGACCGAGGCAGAAAAAUGGGCGCAGAUACACAGCUAUACCUACAACGAGAGCUUGACAGGUUGUGUGGAGCAGUUGAAGGAGCUGGAGAAAUUCACCAAAGUCAUUGUGGGCGAACAAGGAUUUGACACGGGGUUGAACAGUGAUGGCUGGGUCAUACCUUGA